AUGAGCAACAACAGUUCAAAGGAAAACUAGAAUGCUGGUGCAUUAGCGCAUUAUAGAAGAAGCUAGGUACAAUUAUUUAAUGGAAUUGUUGUUAGGAGUUUAAAAUUACUUAUAGAACUGAAGAAGCAUUAUUAGAAAUUAAUAAUGCCUUAAAUCUUUGUCCUCAAUUUGCCGAAGCCUACACUUUAAGAAGUUAAAUGUUUUAAAUAUCAAUUUAGGUGAAUUAUAUGAAAAAAUGAAAUUAUAUGACAAAGCAUUGGAAGAUGUAAAUUAGAGCUUAAUCAUAAACAAUAAUAAUGCUGAAAGUUAUUAUCAAAGAGGUAUUAUUUUAGAUCUUAAAUCUAAGGAACAAUUUAUUGGAGAAAAUAAUUAUUUGAUCUCGCAUUAUAAGAUUGUAUGAAGUGUGUUUAGAUUAAUCCAAACUUUGCAAUGGGUUAUAGUAGAAUGGGUAAUAAAAUAAACUUAAAUUUUAGGCACUAUUAUGAGAAGUUUGAAAUAAAAGGAUGAUGAACUUUAAUAUGUAAAUAAAGCUAUAGAAAAAGAUGGCAAUUGUUAUUAGGCCUUUUUGAAUAGAGGUAAAAUUAAUAUUGAAAUUUAAGGCGUAUAUUAUAUGGAUGAAAAAAAGAAUGAUUUUGCACUUAGAGAUUUCAAUUAAGCUUUAAGCAUUAAUCCUAAAUUCUCGUUAGCCUAUAAUAACAGAGGUGAAUACUAUUACACUUAAUAUUUUAGGCAUUUUAUUUUACAAUAUUGGUAGCAAAGAUUAAGCAUUAAGUGACUAUAAUCAAGCAAUCCAACUAGAUCCAAAUAAUGCAACAGCUUACCUUUACAGAGGUGAAUACUAUAACACUUAAUAUAUUAGGCAGUUUAUAUUUGGAUAUUGGUGAGAGAGAUAAAGCGUUAAAUGACUAUAAUCAAGUAAUCCAACUAGAUCCAAAUAAUGCAACAGCUUACGUUUACAGAGGUGAAUACUAUAACACUUAAUAUAUUAGGCAGUUUAUAUUUGGAUAUUGGUGAGAGAGAUAAAGCGUUAAAUGACUAUAAUCAAGUAAUCCAACUAGAUCCAAAUAAUGCAACAGCUUACGUUUACAGAGGUGAAUACUAUAACACUUAAUAUAUUAGGCAGUUUAUAUUUGGAUAUUGGUGAGAGAGAUAAAGCGUUAAAUGACUAUAAUCAAGUAAUCCAACUAGAUCCAAAUAAUGCAACAGCUUACGUUUACAGAGGUGAAUACUAUAACACUUAAUAUAUUAGGCAGUUUAUAUUUGGAUAUUGGUGAGAGAGAUAAAGCGUUAAAUGACUAUAAUCAAGUAAUCCAACUAGAUCCAAAUAAUGCAACAGCUUACGUUUACAGAGGUGAAUACUAUAACACUUAAUAUAUUAGGCAGUUUAUAUUUGGAUAUUGGUGAGAGAGAUAAAGCGUUAAAUGACUAUAAUCAAGUAAUCCAACUAGAUCCAAAUAAUGCAACAGCUUACGUUUACAGAGGUGAAUACUAUAACACUUAAUAUAUUAGGCAGUUUAUAUUUGGAUAUUGGUGAGAGAGAUAAAGCGUUAAAUGACUAUAAUCAAGUAAUCCAACUAGAUCCAAAUAAUGCAACAGCUUACGUUUACAGAGGUGAAUACUAUAACACUUAAUAUAUUAGGCAGUUUAUAUUUGGAUAUUGGUGAGAGAGAUAAAGCGUUAAAUGACUAUAAUCAAGUAAUCCAACUAGAUCCAAAUAAUGCAACAGCUUACGUUUACAGAGGUGAAUACUAUAACACUUAAUAUAUUAGGCAGUUUAUAUUUGGAUAUUGGUGAGAGAGAUAAAGCGUUAAAUGACUAUAAUCAAGUAAUCCAACUAGAUCCAAAUAAUGCAACAGCUUACGUUUACAGAGGUGAAUACUAUAACACUUAAUAUAUUAGGCAGUUUAUAUUUGGAUAUUGGUGAGAGAGAUAAAGCGUUAAAUGACUAUAAUCAAGUAAUCCAACUAGAUCCAAAUAAUGCAACAGCUUACGUUUACAGAGGUGAAUACUAUAACACUUAAUAUAUUAGGCAGUUUAUAUUUGGAUAUUGGUGAGAGAGAUAAAGCGUUAAAUGACUAUAAUCAAGUAAUCCAACUAGAUCCAAAUAAUGCAACAGCUUACGUUUACAGAGGUGAAUACUAUAACACUUAAUAUAUUAGGCAGUUUAUAUUUGGAUAUUGGUGAGAGAGAUAAAGCGUUAAAUGACUAUAAUCAAGUAAUCCAACUAGAUCCAAAUAAUGCAACAGCUUACGUUUACAGAGGUGAAUACUAUAACACUUAAUAUAUUAGGCAGUUUAUAUUUGGAUAUUGGUGAGAGAGAUAAAGCGUUAAAUGACUAUAAUCAAGUAAUCCAACUAGAUCCAAAUAAUGCAACAGCUUACGUUUACAGAGGUGAAUACUAUAACACUUAAUAUAUUAGGCAGUUUAUAUUUGGAUAUUGGUGAGAGAGAUAAAGCGUUAAAUGACUAUAAUCAAGUAAUCCAACUAGAUCCAAAUAAUGCAACAGCUUACGUUUACAGAGGUGAAUACUAUAACACUUAAUAUAUUAGGCAGUUUAUAUUUGGAUAUUGGUGAGAGAGAUAAAGCGUUAAAUGACUAUAAUCAAGCAAUCCAACUAGAUCCAAAUAAUGCAACAGCUUACGUUUACAGAGGUGAAUACUAUAACACUUAAUAUUUUAGGCGUUGUAUAUUAAAAUAUUGGUAGCAAAGAUAAAGCCUUAAAUGACUUCAAUUAAGCAAUCCAACUUGAUCCAAAAUUUACAAAUGCCUAUUUUAAGAGAGGUGAAUACUAUUACAUUUAAUAUUUUAGGUGUUGCUUAUUAAACUAUUAGUGACAAAGAUAAAGCCUUAAAUGACUCUAAUCAAGUAAUCCAACUUGAUCCAAAAGAUGCAACAGCCUAUAAUAAAAGAGUUGGAAACUAUUGCAAUUAAAAUAUUUUUGUUUACAAAGAUAUAGCGUAAAAUGAUUAUAAUCAAGCAAUUAAACUUGAUAUAAAAUUUAUAAUUGCUUACAUUAGUAUAGGUGAAUACUUUUACAAUUAAUAUAUUAGGCUUAUUAAAUUUUGAUAUUGGUGACAAAGAUACAGCAUCAAAUGACUCUAAUCAAGUAAUCCAACUUGAUCCAAAAGAUGCAACAUUCUAUAAUAACAGAGGUGAAUACUAUUACACUUUACUAAUUAGGCAAUUUAUAUUAUAAUAUUGGUGACAAAAAUAAAGCAUUAAAUUACUAUAAUCAAGCAAUCCAUCUUGAUUCAAAAUAUACAAGUGCUUAUGUUAAUAGAGGUAAAUAAUAUUUCAAUUAAUUAAAUAGGCAAUUUAUAUCAAGAUAUUGGUGAAAAAGAUAAAGCAUUAAAUGACUAUAAUCAAGCAAUCCAACUUGAUCAAAAAUAUACAAGUGCCUAUAUUCACAGAGGUUAAUAUUAUUUCAAUUAAUUAAAUAGGCAAUUUAUAUCAAGAUAUUGGAGAGUAGGACAAAGCAUUAAAUGAUUAUAAUUUAUUAUUACAACUUGAUCCCCAAUAUUCAUAGGUAUACAUUUACAGAAGUUAACUAUCAAAUCUACAUUAGGCUUAAGUUUUUACACUAUGGGAGACUUUGAAAAAGCAUUAACUGAUUUGUAUUCAGCGAUGUGCAUUGAACCAAAUGCAUAGGAUUUCUUAUUAUUUAAAUGUGGAUUAAUAUAUUCAUUUUAGGUUAAUAAUAUAGCAUUCAAGGCCAUGUAGAAAAAGCAAUCAAUUGUUGUAAUUUAUUGUUAUCUUAUGAUCCACAAGUAGCUGUGGUUUACGCCUUCAGAAGUUUAUUUUAAACAUAUCUUUAGGUGUAUUAAAUUUACAAUUGGGAGAUUCUCAAAGUGCCUAUGAUGAUUUAUGUUUAGCAAGUCAUUUUGAUUCUCAAUUAUCUCAAAAAUACUAAUCGCAAGGUGAAUUUUUUCAAUCAAUGUUAGGUUAUAUGUUUAAGCGUUUAGGUAUUGGAUAAGAAGCAUUAAAAUUGUACAAUCUUGCAAUACUACUUGAUCCUUCAUCAUCUGAAAAUUUUUUAAAGAGAGGUAAUUUUUUACAAUUAAUUUUAGCUAAAUUGUUUGAUAAAAUGGGUGAUAAAGUAAAAGCAUAAAGUGAUUAUGCUUAAGCAUUAAUUCUUAAUCCUGAACUAGCCGAAGCCUUCGUAAAAAAAGGUUAAUUAUUACUUUUUAUAUUAGGUGACAAUUAUCAAGAAAAAGGGGAUUAAUAUAAGGCAUUAAAGUAUUAUAGAUUUGCUUUAACACUUGAUCCUCAACUUGUUGGAAUUUUUGUAAGAAAAGGUUAAUUGUUAUUUAUUACAUUAGGUAAAUAUGCAGAAGGACACAACCAAUAUUAAUAGGCAAUAAAGUAUUAUAGUUAUGCAUUAUCAUUUGAUCCUCACUAACCAGAAAUCUUCUUUUCAAGAGGUAGAGAAUACUUAUUAAUAGUAGGUGAAUUGUAUGAAAAGAUUGGUUUUUAAGCAAAGGCAUUAGAUGAUUACAAUUAAGCAAUAAAACUUGAUCCUACCCAAAAAGGAUUUUACAGUAAAAGAUGUAAUGUCAAAUUUCAUUAUAGAUACCUUACUUAUCGAAUUAGGAUAAUUUGAAAAGGCAAUACAAGAUAACAAAAAAUGCUAUAGCCACAUUCAGUCAACCACUAGAUACUUCAUUUCAAAAAGUAUGUUUUUAGUACAAUUAAAGUUGAAUCAUCUAUUGAUAUGGGUGAUUUUAAAAAUGGGUUAGAUUGUUGUAACAAAGCACUAAUAUGUCAUCCUAGAUCUUAUGAAAUCUUCUUUUCAAGAGGUAGAUAAUUCUUAUUAAUAGUAGGUGAAUUGUAUGAAAAGAUUGGUGAUAAAGAAAAGGCAUUAGAUGAUUACAAUUCAUCAAUAAAAAUCUAAGCUAAUCAUCAAGCUUUAUUCAAAAGAGGUUUAUGCUGUAAAUUAAUAUUAGGUUUGUUGUAUAAAUAAAUUGGUGAAAAAGAAAAAGCACUAAAUGAUUUGAAUUAAGCUAUAAAAAAAAAUCAAUCACCUGAAGCUUACUUAAAUAGAGGUAUAUAAUAUAGCCUUACAUUAGGGUUAUUAUUUGUUCAAAUGAGAGAUAUACAGAAUGCAUUCAAGGAUUACAAUGAAGCAAUAAAAAUUAGUCCUCAAUAUCAUGAUGCCUUUGCUCAAAGAGGUUAGUUACAUUCAUUAUUAAUAAGGUUUAUUGUAUGAAUAAAUUGGUGAUAAAGAAAAGGCAUUAAAUGAUUACAAUUAAGCAAUAAUAUUUGAUCUUAAGAACUAGGAAACAUUUUUCAACAGAGGUGAAUAUUUCGAAUUAGCUUUAGGUGUAUUGUAUGAAUAAAUGGGUGAUAAGAAAAGGGCAUUAGAUGAUUAUUGUUCAGCAAUAAAAAAUGGCUCUAAAUUACCAUAAGUUUUCAUUAAAAGAGGUGAAUAUUUUAGAUUAACAUUAGGUAUGUUGUAUGAGGAGAUGGGUGAUAAAGAAAAGGCAUUUAAUGAUUAUUUCAAAGCAAUUAACCUUGAUUUUAAAUAUGCUAAAGUUUAAAUUAACAAAGAUGAAUUACACAUUCUAAUAUUAUGUCUGUUAUGGAAAAUAAUGAGUAAAAUAAAUAUUAUUAAUUGA